CCAGCCCUCUCGACAUCCAAAAUCCUCUUGGUCCCCUACACGUCCUCCCACGUGCCGCAGUACCACACCUGGAUGCUGGAUCCGGAGCUCCAGAGCGCCACGGCCUCGGAGCCGUUGAGCCUCGCGGAGGAAUACGCCAUGCAGAAGAGCUGGCGCGCCGACGGGGACAAAUUGACCUUCAUCGUCUGUCUCCCCGAGGCCUCCUCUUCGGCCGCCAGGGAGGCUGUCGUGGAGGGAGAUGGGGAGGUUGUAGUGGAGGGUGAUGUGGCCAUGAUUGGGGAUAUCAAUCUGUUUCUCUACCCGUUUGAAACUGACGACGACGAUGACGACGGAAAUGACGAUCGAGACAUUCCAGCGGCGAAGCAACAACAACAACAAGGAGGCGAGGAGGAGGAGGAGGAGGAAGAUCUCAUCGUCGGCGAAAUCGAACUGAUGAUCGCGCGCAAGGACCUCCACCGUCGGGGCUACGGCCGCGCGGCGUUAUUGGCCUUUGUCGACUACACCUUUGCCUUCUGGCAGGGCAUCGGUGAGGCAUAUGCGAGGUCUACGCAUUCGUCUGACCACGGUGAUCAGGAGGGUGGGACGGCACGGUCACCACGGGCUCCGUUGCAGAAAAAGGGGAAGCUGAGAUAUUUACGGGUCAAGAUUAAUCAGAUGAAUGAGGGCAGUAUCCGAUUGUUUGAAAGUGUGGGGUUUGUCCGUGUGGGAGAGGAAGCGAAUUAUUUUGGGGAGGUGGAGCUGAGAUGGACUGUCGAUGACGAUGAU